AUGGUCGAAAUUUGUCCAGAACGCCUCGAGAAUUUUGCGUGCUGGUGGUUUAGAUUCCUGUGCGAAAAUGUUGGCUCCUACUUCAAAAUUUUGGGUGCAAGUGGAGGGAUAUUCUAUAGUACAGAAGCCAAAUCUGAUCAAACCACCGGCAAAGACGACUUUGAUGAAAAACUAGAAGAGGGAUAUGACAAACUCAAAAAUGUGCCCAAUGAGAACGACACGGUGAACUUUCUCAGAGAGCUGCAUAAAAUGGAAAAAGAAAUAUCAGAGAACCUCACUCCGCCCCCAGAACGGGAUGCAGAUGUAAUGAAAGCGAUUGAGGAUUAUGGUGAAAGAUGGAGGAAUCACAUGAAUCCAAUGGGUGAUACAAUCGAGGAAGUCAAUCACAACAGCAAAGUCGACACGGCAUUGUUUCAAGGAGAUAUGAUCCUCACCAAAGAACAAGCCGACGAGAUGCUGGAAGAUAUCAAGGAGAGCGCAGGCAUUAGUAGAAAAAAAACGUGCACCCCUUGA